AACUCCAGUGCCUGAAGUGCGCGCUCGAGCCGAACAGGGCUUCAAAGCUGAUGCACAGCGCACGUGAAAUAGUGAUGGAGGCUGAGGUUCGAAAUUACCAUGAAUGACAAAUAUCACAAGGCAGCUCGCGAUGGCUACCUUGACUUGUUGAAAGAAGCGACGCGGAAGGACUUGAACGCUCCGGAUGAGGAUGGCAUGACACCGACGCUAUGGGCCGCGUACCACGGCAACCUGGACGCGCUGCGGCUGAUCGCGGGAAGAGGGGGGAACCCAGAUAAGUGUGACAUAUGGGGGAACACGCCACUCCACCUGGCUGCUGCCAAUGGUCAUCUCAACUGCUUGUCUUUCCUUGUGUCAUUUGGUGCCAAUGUGUGGUGCCUGGACAACGACUACCACACGCCUCUGGACAUGGCUGCUACCAAGAACCACAUGGACUGCGUGCGCUACCUGGACUCUAUUGCUGCCAAACAGACAGGCCUCAAUCCCAAGUUAGUAAGCAAGCUGAAGGAUAGAGCAUUUCGCGAUGCUGAACGGCGCAUCAAGGAAUGUGUUAAACUUCAGCAAAAGCACCGGCGGCACAUGGAGCGAAAAUUCCAGAGAGAGACAACGGAAGCAUCAGUCUCUGAUGCCGUGAGCUUCUCCAGCUAUGCCAGCAGCACAUUGAGUCGCAAGUUACACCACUUCAACACUGCCACUAGUGUGCCAUACUCCCAGGCUACUCUUCAUGCCACAGCCAGGGGUAAAACUAAGAUCCAGAAGAAGCUUGAUAAGAAGAAGCAAGGUGAUGGGACCUUCAAGAUCUAUGAAGAUGGCAGGAAGAGUGUUCGCGCUUUGUCUGGACUACAACUGGGUAAUGAUGUCAUGUUCCUGAAGCAGGGGACGUAUGUCCACCCCAAGGACCGGUCCCGUCGCAACAUACGUGACAUGUUCCCAAGUUACAAUGAGGACGCUAUCUCGCGUGCCAUUAGUGAGCCUGACCUGCAUGGACAAGAUGUGGACUACUCAGAGAUAAGCAACGACUCUGGUCACGACUCGCUCUUCAACCGCCCCGGCCUGGGAACCAUGGUGUUCCGACGCAACUAUGUGAGCAGCGGACUUUUUGGCAUUGGCAGCAGAGAUGAAGGCAGUCUUGUGGGCAGCGAACAGGUCAAUAAUGUGCACCUGCAGAGCCGGUUGCAACGCUCAUCUAGUCUGGAUGACGACAGCAUUGGAAGUGCCCGUAGCCUGCAGGAGAGGAAUGUGCAGGUGCUGCCAUGGGAAGAGGUUGAGUUGGGUUUGGAUGAUGACGAUGAGCCAGACACCAGUCCACUGGAAGUGUUUCUGGCCACACAAAGCAUGAACGAGUUCAUUCCUAUCUUCAAAAGAGAGAAGAUUGACCUGGAGGCCUUGUUGCUUUGCUCAGACAAGGACCUGAAGAGCAUUCACAUCCCACUGGGGCCCAGGAAGAAGAUCAUAGAUGCAUGUCAACAACGAUUGGAGGCUAUUGAAGACCCAGGCUGCAUAGAGGACACAGAGUUGUGAAUUCUGCCUUUACCUCAAUUAAUGGUUUACAUUGAGACAAGACAGUAGAGUUGAAGAAAAAGCAACCCUUCCAAUAAUCAAGAGUCCAUGGCAAAUCUGCAACAAACUUGCAGCAAAUUGUCCAUUCUUGCCAAAGGUUUGCUGCAGGUUCACUGGUGAAGAGCUGCAAAAGUCUGGAAACAUGUGCGGCAAAUCAAAAGCUCAUUUGCAUGUGAAAAUAUUGAGUGGCAAAUUUGCGGCAACUUUACAAGAACUCUAGAUAAGGGAAGACUUCUGUUUGACGGAGCUGCUUUACACAACUGUGUCACCAAAAUAUUUGCUUGCAGUGGCAACAUUGCGCCAUUGUACCUUUUUUUUUUUUUUCAACAUUUGGCCAAUUAAACUAAAGGAAACGAAACAAAUACUAGGAAUAGUACACCCAAAAUUGAAAUUUCUCUCAUUACUCAUUCUCAUGCCAUCCCAGAUGUGUAUGGCUCUCUUUUUUUAUGCAAAACACAAAGGUUUUUAGAAGAAUACCUCUGCUCUGUAGGUCCAUAAAAUGCAAGCGAAUGGUGAUCAGCACUUUAAAGCCCCAUAUAGCACAGACAGUCGUAGUAUGCAUGUGAUCUCUCCCAAAACGAUCUUAUCACUUUUGAAGACAGAUGGAUUAAUUUGACUAAGUUUGUCUGUGUGUUGUGGAGCUUUAAAGGUCUGAUCACCAUUCACUUACAUUUUAUGGACCUACAGAGCUGAGAUAUUCUUUGUUUGUGUUUUGCAGAAGUCAAACACAUCUAGGAUGGCAUGAGGGUGAGUAAAUUAUGACAUAUUUGUGUUAACUAUCCCUUAAAAUGUGAUGUGUGUAAAAUAUUUUCUCCUAUCCCAGCUGAAUAUGCAGAGCCUGGUGCCUUGAUCCCACUGCGUAGUAAAAAUUCAAAUUCGCACAAUUCAAACUUUAUUUCUCGCAAUUGCAACUUUUUAACUUGCAAUUCCAAGAUAUUAAGUCACAAUUAUGUGAUAUAAACUCGCAAAUGCGAGAUAAAAUGUCACCAUUGUGUUAUUUAAACUCGGAAUUGCAAGAAAGACGCUAUUGUGAUUUUAAAUCUUAAUAAAAAUUUAGAUUUUUCAGAAUUGCAACUUUAUUUCUUGCAUCUGCGCGUUUAUUUUAAACAACUGUGAGUUUAUAUCACAUAAUUGCACCUUUAUAUCUUGCAAUUGUGAUUUUAUCUACAAUUGUGAGGUGUAAAGUUAGAAUUACCCUGGCGGAGGUAAUUCUAUAAGUUAAAAUCUAUAGAGAAAUCUAUAAGUUAGCCAUUAUUAGGUUGAUUCCCUGAAAAUUGUUGGCUCAACCAUGCUGUAAGUUUGGGGUGGGUUGUUUGUCCAACCAAUCGUAGAUGGGGGGGGUGUUCAGAAAGCCUGUUUGAAAACUCAGUAUUUUUGCAAUUCUGUUUGGUGAUGCUAGUGGCACAGAAAUUACACACUUCACAUUCAAAUCAAACCUAAAAUGUUGCAGUAACAAAUCUGGUAUAAGGAAAGAGUCUCUUGUAAUAGAGCAAUAAAGCUAUAAAUGUUUAUAGUGGACCGAUGUCGGAGUAACUGAAGGACAAUUGACCUACACAUACAGCGGAAUAUGAGUAAAAUUGUUUAUUUAGUUCAAAUUUAAUGGUUACCAUGUGUCAUGUGGCAAACACGAUGUGCUAAAAUGAGGCCACACCUCAUUACAUGCUCUCUUAAUCCAGUAAUAAUUCUGCCCCUAUGGGGCAUACGUCUCAGUGCCUGUGCUUGUGCCUGGAUAUUUCUAAUCAAAUGUUAUUUAAGACAUAACUUAUGUAUAGAAUUUGAUCACUUUUUUAAAUAAGUAGUUCGAUACACAACGCUAAAUAAAAAAUCUUUAACGUCCUGAAUCAAAACUAGAUCAAUUUAAUUGAAAGGCAAAAGUAUAUAAGAUAAUACGAUUUAUAUCUUUAUUUAAUGUGAAUUAGUCAUGAAUUAUAAUUUUUUUAUAACCUAUACCCCAUAGGCAAAUAAUUAUGUUGUAAGGACAAAACUCACUACAGAUGUAUAUUUAAAACAAUCGGGCAAGAAAAAUAAACUUUAUUCAAGAUGUAUUCCUUGAAAAAGGCAUAACACUCAGUAUGUUCAGUAUGUUGUUUUAUUGAUUCUUUUUAUUUUAUUUUUAGUAUUUUAUCAAAGGAAGUUUUACUGAAAAACAACAAAAAUACGUAUUAAGAAUAUUAUUUUUGUUGCGUAUACAAUUGCAGCUUUUGCUAAAUGUUGGCAACUGAAACUGUUAACUAAUAUCUGUAAUACAUUUUGAAUGGAAAUUAAAGGUGUCUGAAUUGAAUGUGGCAAGAAGCAAUGGAGGCUGUACAUACUGUAGAAUAAUAGCAUUUGUUUAAGCAGUCACAUGUUGCACAAAUGGUUUGCAUGUAUCUGGCCAUAACUCGUUUUGUGAAAUAUGAGUAAUUGGGUGAAAUGUUGAUUCAUGGAUGAGUUAGCUGAAACAGUGAGCUCUUUGUUGAUCCUGGUGCUUUAACUCGCGGAGCGAAUAACUCAUUACCGCCGAGUCAUUUUGUUGAUCACAACAGUAGUUUCUUGUUGAACGGAAGUGUAUUGUCAGUAAACAAAAUGUUUCAAGCACAGGGCUGCAGUUGAACGGGUUCUUUAAAGCCCAUCUGUCUUCCCUCCAUAUUUAUUAUAUGUUUAAUACAUCGUAUAAUGAAUACAUCAACUUUAUACAUAAGAUAUUGUUUGUAUGUAACUUAUAAAAACAAUAUUUUAUGAUGGUGCUAUUUCUGUCAAGUUUUGUGUUUGUUAGUUAUUUUAAUGUUAACUACUCUUUUUAAUGGUUUGCUCUCAUUAAUAGAGUUCCACCCAGGGUUAUUAUUGUUUAAAAAAAUAUUUUAAUAGUUUUCAGUCUUCUCUCUAUUACUUAAUAUUUUCUGUGUUCAGUGUUUCCUAGUUUCAGUUUAGUUUUUCGGUAUAUAUACUUUAAAGUUUUUGUUGGGCUGCCAAAUUCACUGCAUUAACUGCUAUUCUUUAAUUAUGUUAAGCAGUGUUACAUUUCCCAGAUCUGUAUUGUGUUUUUGUUAUCUAGAGGCAUUUUCAUGUUCAAUGAAUGUGUAAAUAUAAUGUGUAUCCACACUA